AUGACUAUAGUUACAAACACAUUCAAAGAAAAACGCAACAAAAUAUACAUUCAUUCUAUCAUCUAUGGUCUCCCACUCAUAGUUCUAAUUUAUCUAUAUUUUUAUUCCAACUUCUUUGCUCCAUUUUCCAUUCCCAUUACUUCCAUGAAUCACAACUCUUCUCUUUUAGCUUUCACUCCAUUGACAAAAGAAAAAGAAAAACCUUAUGAGAAGCUAUGUGACUAUACAAAAGGAAGAUGGAUCCGCGAUAUGAGAGGACCAUUGUAUAAUGGAACAACAUGUAAUAUUAUCAAGAACAAACAAAAUUGCAUCGUCAAUGGAAGACGUGAUACAAGCUAUCUUAAUUGGAGAUGGAAACCAGAUGAGUGUAGUCUUUCAUCUUUUGAACCUAAUAUUUUUCUUAAAUUUAUAAAAAACAUGAAUGUAGCUUUUGUUGGGGACUCUUUAGCAAAUAACCAAUUAGAGUCCCUUGUUUGUUUAUUAUCCACGGUUUCAAAACCACAACGAAUCCGUCAUCAAGGCGCGGAUUCGACGUAUUACUUUGCCUCGCAUAAUACAAAUUUGUCACUCUAUUGGGCUCCGUUUCUUGUUAAAGGUGAUCAAAGAAGAAAAGACGGGCCGCCGUAUAAUAAAAUAUAUUUGGAUCAAGUAAAUGAGUUGUGGGCUAAGAAUAUAGCUCAAAUGGAUUUGAUAGUGUUGUCAUUUGGUCAUUGGAUGGAUGUUCCUUCAAUUUACUAUGAGAAUGAUUCGGUUAGAGGUUGUUUUAGAUGUCGCGAAGUUAAAAUUAAGUACAAAGAUAUUGGAUUUUAUGUUGCAAUGAGAAAGGCUUUAAGGAUUACACUUAAUGACAUAAUUGAGAGGAAAGUUAUUAAAGGGAAUGGACUUGAUGUGAUUGUGAGAACAUAUUCACCUACUCAUUUUGAAGGUUCUUGGGAUAAGGGUGGUACUUGCUCAAAGAUGGAACCAUAUGAACCAGAGGAGAAGAAACUUAAAGGAAUAGAUGCGGAUAUAAGAAAUCUUGAGAUGGAGGAAUUUGAAAAAGUUAAGGAAAAAGCUAAACAAAAUGGACUUAAUUUGGAUGUGCUUGAUAUAACGAAUUUGUCAUUGUUGAGACCAGAUGGUCACGCGGGUGCUUAUUGGAAUUCUUUUCCGUUCGCAAAAGGAAUUCCAAAAAAAGUACAAAAUGAUUGUGUUCAUUGGUGUUUACCAGGAGUUGUAGAUACUUGGAAUGAGAUUUUUUUUGAGAUGAUAAAGAAGGGAAAAACCAUCUAA